AACUCACUUUAAGCCAAUUACAUGUCCCUCCCUGAGCCUCACACUAGGAUUCGCACAUUAAACGCUCCGUUAGGAUAAACCGGUGCAACCACAACAUCAACCACACCGCGAGUCGAUCGCUUUUUAUCACCCCCACACAUGGACCCGUCCACGCGCUGACGUUAGCCAAUCAAACUUCAGGAAGAGAAAUUCAAACAGCUAACAGUGCACCCCUGCUCCUGCGCCCCUGCUCCUGCGCCCCGGGUCCGGUGACGGUAACGGAGAUGGCUGAAGAGUCAGCGGUCAGAGUGUGUGUGCGAGUCCGUCCACUCAUUGCCAGGGAAGAAUGUGCGUCAGAGGGUGCAGAGCCUGUCCAAUUUUUCUGGAAAGCUGAUCAGAAAUCAAUUCAUCAGAUUGAUGAUGGAAAUUCCACCAAGAGCUUUAGUUUUGACCGAGUGUUCACUGCUGAUGAAACAACCAGUCAGCUGUACAAUAACAUUGCAAAGCCUCUUGUUGUUUCCACUGUUGAGGGAUACAAUGGAACCAUAUUUGCUUACGGGCAGACGUCUUCUGGAAAGACCUUCACCAUGAUGGGGAGUGAGCGCACGCCCGGAGUGAUACCUCUGGCUGUGGAAGAUGUCUUUCAGACCAUUAAGAAUUUUCCAAAGAAGGAGUUCCUCCUCAGGGUGUCGUACAUGGAGAUCUACAAUGAGACUGUGACAGACCUGCUUGUUGACAGCUGGAAAAGAAAACCUCUAGAAGUCCGAGAACAAAUCAAUAAAAACAUUUAUGUUGCUGAUCUGACUGAAGAGCUGGUUACAUCUCUCGCACAAGUGUUGGCCUGGAUCCGGAAAGGAGAAAAGAACCGACAUUAUGGAAAGACAAAAAUGAACCAGCGGAGCAGCCGCUCACACACCAUUUUCCGCAUGAUCCUGGAGAGCCGAGAAAGGAGUGACCCAGCAUCGGGUGAAAGUGGUGACGGCGCCAUCAUUGUGUCUCACUUGAAUUUAGUUGAUCUUGCUGGAUCUGAGAGAGCGAGUCAGACUGGAGCUGAAGGCGCACGUUUCAAAGAAGGCUGUAAUAUCAAUCGCAGCUUGUUCACACUUGGCCAAGUGAUAAAGAAACUGACUGAUGAAAACCAGAAGGGUUUCACCAACUACAGAGACAGUAAGCUCACCCGCAUCCUGCAGAACUCGCUGGGUGGCAACGCUAAAACCGUCAUCAUCUGCACGAUCACCCCCGUCACUCUAGAUGAGACCCUCAGCACUCUUCAGUUUGCGAGCACAGCAAAGAAGAUGAAGAACGACCCUCAUGUGACAGAGGUGUCAGACGAUGGCGCUCUGCUCAAAAGGUAUCGCAAUGAAAUCGUGGACCUCAAGCGACGACUUCACGAGGUUUCAUCCGUGACGCAGACCACCGUGACCGAGAAGGAGGUUCUCUCCCAGCUGCUCCAAGAAAAGGAUCAGCUCCAGAGAGAACAGGAGGACAGGAUCAGAAACCUGACCAAACUGCUUGUUACCAGCUCAAACCUGGUCCCAGUCCAAAAGAUGCCAAAACGCAGGGUUACCUGGGGGGGGAAGAUGCUAAAAGUUGGCCAUCCAGCUGCCCGUGAAGACGGUUCAUCUGACCUCAGCUUUGCAGAAUCUUUCACUCGCAAGAGAAAAGCAGACUUCUCCUGUUUGGAGCUUGCUGAAGACGAUGAGGAAUUUGAGUCUAACUGGGGAAUUCCUGAUGAGCCAUCAGAUGAAAUGGAAUUGAGUCAGAGCUCUGUGGCUGUUCGAAGCUUUGGAGAAAGUCCCAGAGACUUCAUGUCUCCCGAUCGGUUGCAAGAGCUUUCAGGCAAAGUGUCCGGUCUGGAGAUGCAGCUGGAAAAGGAGAUUCAAGAGAAGGAGGAGGCCACGUCGAAGGCAGAAACAUUACAUGGCAGAGUGGCAGAGCUGCAGCUGCAGGUUCAAACAGAGGCCCAGCAGAAGCAGGAAACCCUGGAAAAAAUGCAGACUAUAGAGCAGAGGACGGCCGACCUGGAAGUGCUGCUGCAGACUGAAGUUCAGCAGAGGCUGGAGGCCACGGAGAAGGCAGAGAUGCUGGAGCUGAGAGUGACAGACCUGGAGAGACAGCUGGCAGAACAGAGUGACAGUAAUGAACAGAUGAGAAAAGAGUUUGCUGAGACCAUCCAGCUGUGUGAAACUCUGGCUUCAGAGAAGGACGUGGUGGCUGCAGAGCGAGACUACCUGAAACAGGAGCUGGGCAUGUUCAUAGAGCAGAUGGAGAGUCUGGAGAAAGAGAAGGCUGCGCUGUCGCAGGAGCUCGAGGAGAAAAGGGAGGUGGAGGAGUUCAAAUCACUGGAAGAGGCCUGCAGGAGGGAGCACGAGAAAGAAUUAGAAAAUGAAAUAUUAAGCUUGAAGAAGGCUGCUGAAUCCUUUGAAGUCCAGCGCCUGGAGCUCCAGAACAAACUAGAAAGUUUGUCUGAGCAGCUGAAGAAGAAAACAGCAUUCGCAGAGGAGCUUCAGAGCAUGAGCGGUAAGGACCUGGUGCAGGAGGUGGUGGAGCUUCGUCGCUCUCUGGAUGAUGCAGAGCGGCUCGGCAGAGACACGAAGAAGGAAUGGGCUGUCCUACGCAGUCAAAACAUUUCUCUGGAGGAGACGAAUGUGACUCUGACUGGCAGCCAUGAGAAGAUGGAGGCGGAGAUAAAGAGCCUGCGUUUUCAGCUUGAGACGGAGAAGUCACGUUACAGAAAGAUGCAGAGCGAUCUCCAGAAAGAGCUGACUGUCACGUUUGAUGAGAACACCAAGCUCACCUCUCUGCUAGAUGGCAAAGUGCCUAGAAAUCUGAUUGACAGCGUGGAACUUGAGAGGACGGCAGCCAAUCUGAAUAAAGAGCUGACAGCAUCUCGUCAAGCAGAGGAAGCCUUGAGAGCUCAACUGGAUGAGCUGGCUUCAUUUCAGACUCUUCCAGACAAAGUGGAUACCUUGACGAAGCAGCUUGAAGAGCGUGAGCAGGAGCAGGCAGCACUGCAAGGAAAACUGAGCGAGAUGCAGCAGCUGAUGGAGGACCUGAAGGAGAAACUUGCUGACAGUGAAGCUUCCAGAACCACAGAGGAGGAGAUCAGCAGAGAGCUUCAAGAACAAAUAGGGCAGUUGAAUGAAGAACUUCAGUGUGUGCGAGCUGAGAAAGCCGCUCUCCAGUCUGAGCAGGACGCUGGUGUUCAGAGCUAUGCAGAGGAGACGGAGAAGCUGCUCUCCACAGUAACGUCUCUGACAGCAGAGCGGGAUCAGCUCAGGGUGAAGCUGCAGGAGCAUGUUGACAAGGGUGCUGAGGCACAGCUUUCUCUACAGUCUCUGCAACAUGAGCUACAGGAAAAGCAUUCAGAUCUUGUGAGAACCUACGAACAGAAAGAGUCUGAUUUAGGGGAGAAUAUGUCGAGGCUAUCACAGGAGCUUCAGUGUGUGCAAGAUGAGAAAGAGGCUCUCCUGAUGACUGUUCAGAGCUCCUCAGAGGAGGUGGAGAAGCUGCUCACUGCUGUGGCUUCUCUCACUGCAGAGAGAGACCAGCUCAAGGUGGACCUGCAGGAAAAUGUGGAGAUGAUGAUUGAGAAUCAGGAGGAACUCAGGACAGCCCUGGAUAAAAAUCGUGAGCAGAAGAAGCAGAUCAAAGCGCUGGAAGCACAAAUAAAUGAGCUGGAUGGACUUCCCAGGGAUAUGAAUAAACAGCUGGGGGAACUGCAAACACGUGUUCAGACUCUGACUGAAGAGCUUGAGAGAGCAGAGAGCGAGCGUCUUCUCUCUGAGAGCACAGCCAACACUCAGACCUCCACAGAGGAGGUGGAGAAGCUGCUGUGCAGACUGACGUCUCUCAGCGAGGAGAGGGAUCAGCUGCAGGAGAUGCUGGAGGGUCUGAGGCAGGAGAAGCAGCAGCUCAGAGCAGAGCUGGAGGACAGGAUUGAAACCCUGCAGUCUGAGGGGUCUUCAACGCAAGAGCUUCUGAAAUCAGUCCAAGAGGAGCUGCUUGCACAGAAAAACAUGGUCUGUGAUCUGAAGAAGCAAAGUCAGGAGAAGGAGAGUUCUUUAAACCAGCAGGUACGGACUCUGGCUGAUAAACUGGAGAGGGUUGAAGCAGAAAGAAGCCACCUGCUGUCUGAAAGGGAGCUCCACACUCAGACCUCCACAGAGGAGGUGGAGAAGCUGCUGUGCAGACUGACGUCUCUCAGCGAGGAGAGGGAUCAGCUGCAGGAGAUGCUGGAGGGUCUGAGGCAGGAGAAGCAGCAGCUCAGGGCAGAGCUGGAGGACAGGAUGGACAUGGUGCAGCAGCUCUGCUCACAGCCUCCGUCACUGAGAGAAGAGCAGGACGCUCAGAGACGGCUCCAGCUGGAAGAACAUCUGGAAAGGAGUAAAGAGGAAAUGAGGCAGUUACAGUCUGACCUUCAAGAAAAUGUAAAACUAAUGACUGAGAACCAAGAGGAGCUGGCAGCUUCUCAGGAGAAGAUCAGAGUCCUACAAGAUGAGAUCAGCAUGCUUAAGAGUCAAAGGGUAGAAGUGGAGCGCAGCGACAAAGAUGCAGGCAGUACCCUCCAGUUACAAGAACUUAAAGACCAGGUUCAGACUCUGACUGAAGAGCUUGAGAGAGCAGAGAGCGAGCGUCUUCUCUCUGAGAGCACAGCCAACACUCAGACCUCCACAGAGGAGGUGGAGAAGCUGCUGUGCAGACUGACGUCUCUCAGCGAGGAGAGGGAUCAGCUGCAGGAGAUGCUGGAGGGUCUGAGGCAGGAGAAGCAGCAGCUCAGGGCAGAGCUGGAGGACAGGAUUGAAACCCUGCAGUCUGAGGGGUCUUCAACGCAAGAGCUUCUGAAAUCAGUCCAAGAGGAGCUGCUUGCACAGAAAAACAUGGUCUGUGAUCUGAAGAAGCAAAGUCAGGAGAAGGAGAGUUCUUUAAACCAGCAGGUACGGACUCUGGCUGAUAAACUGGAGAGGGUUGAAGCAGAAAGAAGCCACCUGCUGUCUGAAAGGGAGCUCCACACUCAGACCUCCACAGAGGAGGUGGAGAAGCUGCUGUGCAGACUGACGUCUCUCAGCGAGGAGAGGGAUCAGCUGCAGGAGAUGCUGGAGGGUCUGAGGCAGGAGAAGCAGCAGCUCAGGGCAGAGCUGGAGGACAGGAUGGAGCCACUGCAGUCUGAGCUGAUAACUUUAACACAAAAGCUGCAGACCACAGAAGCAGAGAAGGACCUUCUGCUUUCUGAGAAGGAAGCCAGCCAGCAGACCUCCACAGAGGAGAUGGAGAAGCUGCUGUGCAGACUGACGUCUCUCAGCGAGGAGAGGGAUCAGCUGCAGGAGAUGCUGGAGGGUCUGAGGCAGGAGAAGCAGCAGCUCAGAGCAGAGCUGGAGGACAGGAUGGACAUGAUGUCAGCCAUCCAGGACCAGCUGAGUCAGCAGGAACAGCUGAACGUGCAGCAGCAGUCUGAGAGAGGAGAGCAAGAAGCCAAGCUGCAGCGAGAAAUGAUGGAGCUUAAAGAGCAGCUGCAAAUUCACAGAGAAAGACGAGCUCAGGCUGAAACGGAAGCAGGCGAGGCGCAGCAGUUGCUCAGUGAGGCAAAAGCAACCACUGCAGCUCUGAGAGAGCAGCUCAGCAGCUCGGAGCAGAGCACCAGUGGAGCCAAGGAGACGCUGUCAUCACGGCUGCAAGACUCCACUAGGCAGCUUGAGGAGUCCUUCAAAAAGUUCCAGCACUUUAUAGACACUUGUUGUGAUUUUGACUCCGCAAGUCUGGACAUAGCCCUGACGGAGCAGCGUUCUCUGAAGCAUCCUUCUCUUCCAAAGGCCACCACGGAUGCCUAUGUUGCUGUCUUUCAGCUCGGAAAGUCAACUCAUGAGAAUCUGAAGAAAAUUAAAGAGCUGCUGUGUGAGAAAGCACUUGGCUAUAGGAAUAUGUUUGAGGAGCUGGUGAAAAAAGAUUUGGCCAUUUUUGAGGAGAGGCGGCUUCAGGAUGUGCUGCUGUGCAGAGCGCAGGCACCAAGCUACUCCGUUAAAGACGAGGACUUCCACGCACUGUGGGAGCACAGACUGCCUGAGCUGCUGGACAGGAGGCAGCUGUACCUGCAGAAAAUGAGCAGCUUUUUGGAGAAGCUCUGGGCCAACAUGACUUCCUAUCUCCAUGAGCUGAGAUCUGAGCUUGAAGAGCGAUCCAAGUUCCGUGAGGAGCUGCGUGUCCUGACCACCAACCAGCCAAUCAGCUCAAGCAGGCUGGACAGCAUCCUGAGUACAGAGUGUGACCACAGAAGUGCAGGGACGCAGAGGCAGGCACGUCUUCUGCAGAGUAUUACUGAAGAGCAGAUGGGUCCAUCUGAAGAGCUUAAACAGCUGGAGGCUGAGGCUGAGUCUCAGCUUAGUGAGGUGAAAAGCAAGACUUCUACUUUGCUUCAGACACUGGAGGGAGCUCCUCUUCAAACAGUCGCCUCUCUGCUUAAGGAAACCCAACAACUUGCUUUUCAGCUACAACAAGCAGAGGAGAAAAUAAAAGCUCUGCAUAUACAAAAUGAGUAUCUGGAGGAGGCUCAGUUCAAAGCCAACACCAGCGUAUCCAACCAUAAAGAGGCCACCCAGCUCCUGCAGACUGAGCUGCAGGACAGCCUUGCACUCGUUGAAGAGAGAGAAAACACUAUUCAAGCCCUGAAGAGCAAAAUUCGAGAGUCUGAGAAAAAAUCAUCACCCAGUGUGGUUGAGCUGGAAAACCUUAAGACCAAACUGUUGCAAAUGGAGAUGAAGCUCAGCUUAGCAUCGGAUGAACACCAACAGGAGGUCCAGAGGAUGACCCAGCUGUUGAAGGAAAAAGAGGAAUUGCUGAGGAAGCUGAAGGAGACUUUGAGGAAAUCCCAACAGGAAGGAGAAGAGACAUUCCUGCAGGGUAAGGACCUUCAUGCCAGACUGACCAAUCCCAGAGGCUCAGUGAUCAGCAGCAGCGUUCUGUUGGAGAAAUCCAAGCUGGAGGAGGAAGUCAAACAGCUUCAAGUGAAAACUGCAGAGCUGGAAAGCUUGGUGUCCAGUCAGCAGGCAGAGAUCAGCAAGUGGAAGAACAGAGCCAUCAAGCUGAAGGUGAGGAGCAAAGCAGAAGAAGACAAGCUUCAGUCACCUGGCACUCCCACUAAGAGGGGCCUUCCCAUGAUCUCAGACUCCUCCAAACUCCUGAGCUCACCUAAAAAGAUUCCGAUUACUCCCAAGAAGCUCCUGGACACUCCCAGGAAGGAUCUGGAGUCACCCAGGAAGCUGUUGGACUCUCCAAAGGCCUCUCUGCUCAACUCCCCCAAAAGCAGAUUCUUUGAUAUGGGUGGAAGCUCCAGGACACUGUCGAGGAACCGUCCCAAGCAGUUCUUUGACAACUCAAGCCUCGGCAGCAUUCCAGAUGCUGCUGUGGACACAGACAGGAAGGAGUGGUGGCCUAUGUCUCCAAAACAAGAGGAAAUGUGUAAAACACAGUAGCAUGUUCAAAUGAGUAAUCUUUUCACUCCACUUUGUUUUUAGUGUUUGUGCUUUUAUUUUCCUGUCCCAUUUGCAUCUUUUUUCCUUUUCCUUUAUCCUGUACUUUUUCUAAGUACUAUAAUAAAUCUGUUAAUAAAGCAAUUGAAUGGUGUCUCAGUCACAUUUCAGUCCACUGACCUUGUUCCC